AUGGCGACCGCCAAGAUCGCCACGCUGGCCAUCCGCACGCUCGCCAAGCCCAUCGCGACGCAGCUCAAGAGCCAAGCGGCGCAGCAUGAGUCGUUCAAAAAGAUCUGCAUCGCCCUGGCCCAACGCAUGCAUCGCACCGAGAUGGCGUUGCGGACCAACCUCCUCCCUAACGGCGUGCAGCAAAAGGUGCGACCGCUCAACGAUGCCAAAGCGAUCGCCAACGGCGCCAAUGCCAUCUCGGAAGGAUUUCUCUUCUUUGUCGCUGCAGCGCUGAUCCUCGGCGAGACGUAUAGGGGGUCACGGAAGAAGGCGGAGCAGCGCGAUCGAACGGAGGACUCGCUCAACCAACUGACGGACCAGGUGGAGAGGCUGGCCACCGUGCUCGGGAUCGAUCUGGAGGAGUUGCAGAGCUUGUCGGAGCAGGACCGGGAUGGAAGUUCGCGUGGUUGUCCGCAAGGUAGUGAAUCGAUACCAGGGAGACGUGAGAUGGAAGGCGAUGUCACCGAGGAGGCCGACCCCUCGUCAAUAGAGGCCAGGUUGAAGGUGUACAGGGAUCGGCAGGACGAAGAUUUGAAGAGCAAGCAGCUGCAAGCAGCCGUGUCGGUGCUGCUCGAUCUUGCACUCAAGAAUCGAUGGGUGGUGGGAGCAGAAGCAUUGGAGCUGGAGGGCAUUCUAGGCAGAACGGCGGCCGCAUCACCGUCAUCAUCAUCCACAGCGCCAGAAGCACCAACAGCGCCUGGCGCAGCAGUCCAGCCCCAACCAUACCCAGCAACAACAUCAUCAGCGGACGACUCUUCGCAAACUCUUCAGCCCUCCAUCAUCCAACGAGUCGCCUUAGAAAGAGCAAAAGCGUUAGCAAGAGAAGUCCGAGGCGAAGUAGAUGCAAGUUCGCAGCCCGCCGACGCAUCAUUAGCCAGCUUGCUAACACAACACCGACAGAGCACAGCCGCAUGA